AUGUCUGGGUUUUUGGCGGACGAGCUGACCGUGAAGAUGGACGGGAGGAAGCUGACGGUGUCCGGGAAGCACAAGAAGAAGACCAGGUCGGAAGACGACCUCGUUUUCCACGAUCACAGAGAGGUCCUCAGAGAAGUUCUCCUGCCGGAAGAUGCCGAUCUCGACGCCGUGACCUGCACCUUGACCCACGAUGGCAAACUCUGCUUCCAGGUCCCACGCAAGGCCCCGACUGCUCCCAAGGUGACAAACAUCCCUGUCACCAGGGCCCCCCAGGGGGGAGAAGGGCAGGAGAAGGCUGCUCCGGACGAGGUUGACCAAGGAGGAAGUGGAGAUGGGGAGGCGAGAAAUACCAGGGACAAGGAUGACCAAGAAGGAAGUGAAGAUGAGUAG